AUGUCUGCAUCCAAGACAGCUAUUGUUUCAACCUUAGUGGUUGUUAUGAUGGUUUUGAUCCAAAGUGCCUUGUCUCUUAAGAAUUCUGCCCACAAGAGAAGUGAAGAUGACUGGAUUCCGGGCUACAAUUACAUGUUGAGCGGUUUCGACGUUAGAAGUAUGCAAAGUUCUUCUAACAGCAUGGAUCCUGCUAAGAAUGUUGUAAAUUUAAUUUUCAGACCAACCACUGAGUUUGGAACUUUGUACCGUAUGCCAGUUUCUAAGGAAAAGUUUAAGGUACCAGAUGCCAUUGAAGUUUAUGAUUAUGUUACUACAAACGUUACUAAAACAUCAGACACUAUGGAAUCAAUGUCUGAAUCAUUGAAGUAUGAAGCUUCAAGCUAUUCAUUCUCAUUCUCUGUCAACGUUGGUGUUGUCGGUGUUAGUGCUGGUUUGAACACAUCUUUUGGCCACAUUCACCAAACCUUUGCUCAAAGCAAUCUCUUUAUGGCCACUGGUUCUAUUAGAGGUACUAUUUAUCAAGCUACCCUUGAACCACCAACAUUCUUGGAACAAAAUCCAUACUUUAAGAGAGCUUUGGCUGCCAUUCCAAACACUCCAACUGCUGCCGAUUUGGACAAGAUUAAUACCUUGAUCAAAUACUUUGGUGUUUCAUAUGUUUCAAAGGGUGUUUUCGGUGGUAAAUUCAAUUUGAUCACUAAGGUUUCUGAUAAGAUCCUCAAGUCCUAUGACAAGUCUUGGUGUAUUACUCAAUUGUCCUUGACCUUCAGUUAUGGCGCUUAUUCAUUUGGUAUGUCUGGAUUCAAAAAUAAGACUGAUAUCCAUGUCAAUAAUGAUUUUGCCAAUAACGCCAAGACUGACAUGUUCUUCGUUGGUGGUGACUUUACUUUGCAAAGUAACGAAACUCUUAAGGAAUGGUACCAAUCAAUUCCAGGCCAACCAUCCCUUAUCGGAGGUGAAUUCAAUUUGAUUUCUGAUUUGGUUGAUAACAAUGCUGUAAAGAAGAAGAAUUUGGAAGCCAUCUUGAAGAACUAUGUUGCCACUGGUAGAGUUGAAAUUCCUGCUUCCAUCAAGAAGAUUGCUGUUCCUCAUCCACUCAAGAGAAAUGUCCUCCUUGAUCUUUCUCGUAUUCCAGGUGCUGCCUUGAUUGGUUCUGGUUUCGAUACCUUUACUCUCACUCCAAGAUUGAGUCUUUUCAAGCAAGCUCCAGAUUCCAAGGCUACUACUUGGACUAAUCCAAUCUAUAAGGAUAUUCAAUUCGCUGUUCCAGGAAACGUCCUCGUCAGAAAUAAUGCUGAAUCAUACUAUGCUAACAGCACUUUUGUUGCUUUGACCAAGCAAGAAUACGAAUAUCAAUAUAGAGAACACUCCUCUAAAUCUGGCAUGUUCGGUUUGAGUCACCAUUCUAGAGAUGUUUUCAUUUAUAACUAUCGUUAUGAAUUUGAAGAUUCUUACCAAUUGAAUACUUUCAGAAGAAUUUCUUGGUAUGAUUUGUCAUUGGAUCCUCUCUGUUUGUUCGAUCUUAAUAACCGUCUUGAACCAUUUGCUAAGAGAAUGAUUGAUUCUCUCCCAGCUACUGGUGGUGAUCAAAAAGAAGUCAGAGAUAAGUACAAGAAGUUUAUCGAUUACUAUGGUACUGCUGUUGUCACCAAGACAACUAUGGGUGGUGGUAUCUUCUUCAAGGUUAACUUUAAGAAGGAUUUGACCAAGACUUUGAGCAUUCAUGAAAUCCACGAACAAUCUGGAUGGUCAUUCCUCCACAUUUUCGGUGAAAAGUCAACUCACGAUUUCUAUCUUAAGAAGUUGUCUCAACAGUUCAUUCAACACUCGUCUGUUGAAUUCAACACUCAAGGUGGUUCUUGGACUCCAGAAAUUAACGGUGUUAGACCAACUGGUCCAAAUGCUCUUAACAUUAUUGAUUCUCCAGAAGGUUACAUGAGUUGGGAAGAUUAUGCUAACUCUAUCAAGUAUGACCCAUACCCAGUCAACUAUGAAUUGCAACCAAUUCACACUAUCUUUGCUGAUAAGGCCAAGCAAGGUAUUAUGAAGUCUGUUCUUGAUGAAUAUCUCCAAGAAAAGUACAAUCAAAAGCCAGCUUCAUUCUCCAGAGCCGGUAAGGAAUACUAA